GGCAACUUGCAUGGGCUAGUUAGACUAACUAACAUUGGGCCUUACCCAAUACAAAUCCCUUUCGCCGCAAAUUCACAACACAAGCCACAUCACCAUCGAAACUAAACCUGAACGAAGCAUUAGCUUAGGCAUCGAUAGCAAUGGAAGACAGUUUCAGAGUCCGCGUUGACAAAGCCUUCGGUUCUCUUCCUCUUUCUUCAACCUCCCCUUCUUCUAUCUCCUCUCUCUGGUCCCUCACCGACGACGAAAUCAACUCCAGACCAUCCAACCAAUCCGAACCUAAACCCGACCCUAAACCCUCCGCAUGGUCCACCGCCACAACCUCCUCCUCUUUUUCUUCCAGCUUCCGGCUUCAGCUAGAGAAUGACUUCGAUGAUCUCAACGACGAAGACAACGAUAACGAAGAUGGUGACGCGGGGUUUCGUCGUACUCAGCUCAAACCCGACGAUUACGACGAUGAACAGUGGCAAAUUAGGUCUGGUAUUGGCCUCGAUUGCACCCUUGAUCACGAGGAAGAGGAAGAUAAAUAUGAUAAACAAGCAAUUGGGAAAGAGAACCAAGGGGAUCGAGUUUAUAUGAAGGAUAUAGCUGAUGAUGGUGUUGAGAUUGCGCUGAAGCUUCUUCUUGACGUUGUUGAUGCUCCAUUAGCAGCCAAUAUUGAUGCAGUUAGAGCUCCUCACCACCAACAUACACAAAGAAAUAUGAGGCUGAAGCAGGAUGAUGAAGCAGCUAAAAAAAUUGAUGCUUUGCACGUCUCUGAUAAAUCAGCACCCGAGGCUGGCACCGGCGGUGGCGACGGUGGUGGCAAUAGUAUGAAUCUCAAGCCCAUUUUGAAGAGUAAGGAUAAGCCUCCAGAACAGAAGUCCCAGAAACGUGUUCGGUUUGAUCCUGAUUGCGAUGUUAGAGAUGAUGAGGACGAUGAAUAUCACGGAACGAGGGAUGUUCGAAUGAAGACUUCUUCGAUUGAAGAAGAAGCAGUUUUCGAGCAGCCAUCAAAGGCACAAGAAUUUGCUUCAGCUGUUCCAGAUUACAUUCGAAAUCCAUCGAGAUACACGCGAUAUACUUUCGAUGAUUCCAACGAUGACAUUGAUGAUAGAUCGAAUAAGGCAGCCUAUAUGAGUUUCCUUUCGCAGUUAAAGGCAUCAAAUGCUGCUGCUGGAACCGGAUCACAGGCAGAGGAUGCCGAGGAUGAUCUUCCAUCGGUUACAUUCAUAUCAAGGAAGAAAUCCGGUGAUGUUGCAAUGGUAGAGCAUGAGAAUGUUUCAAAGCAAAAAGGGGAUGUUGGGAAGGAGAAUAGAAGAGCUUUCAGUGUUAGUAUAGCAGCUGGUGAGAAUGAAAAUACUGAUGUUUGUGCAAUGGAGGAGGAUAUGCCAGGAGAAGCCAUUGAAGAUGUUAAGAAGAAGGUUGAACCGCAAGUACAGGAAGAAAACACAAGACGAGCUGGAUGAGCCUGAUGUCUAAGUUAGCUAACUGCCUAAGGUGUGUUUCUUUGAGACACUGCCAACUUUGCCAGGAUCAGCAUUUUAGAAUCGGUUGUUUUAUCUUUCUUGUUGCCUGUUGCGGUUACUUGUUUGUUUUAUAAAUUUGUGCAACAAUCUUGCGUCUAGAUUCUGGUCUAGCCAACUUAUGUAGUGUCAUACUAUCUUAUUGGUUGACAUGGUGUUAACUAAAUUAAAUCGUGCGGCCAUGUUAUAAAUCCUGAUGUUCGAAUAUUGGCUAGACUAUGUUUUGGGAGGGGUUUGGUUAGGACAUCUGUUAAGGAAGCGUGGCUGCAGCAACAAGAACAACAAAGACUUAUCAACAUAGAUCAAGUGACAUCAUCGGCGCUGUUGUGUAGCGGAAAUUUAGCAAGAGGAUUUUCUUGCAAGAGUAGGAAAUUAAAGGAAAAAACAAAAUCCCCUCAAUAAAGCAUAGCUUUUGGCUCUCGAUACGUAUGCGGGAGAAAUUCUUUAAAAA